AUGCAACUCGUCCACCUCACAACCGCCCUCCUCCUGGCCACCUCCGCCUACGCCCAGGACAACAACAACAACGCAGUCGACUCGCUCGUCUCCGCAGCCCAGAACAUCGCCUCGGACGGCCAAAACGUCGCCUCCAACGUCGUCGCCGACGCGACCUCCAUCGCCUCCGCCUUCCAAACCGGCGGCGCAGCGGCCGUCUCCUCCCUCACCUCGGAAGCCGGCUCCGCCGCCUCAAACGUCCAGUCCUGGGCUACCUCCGUCGCAUCGGACGCCGAGUCCCGCGCCUCCGACGCAGCGAGCAAGGCCUCCUCCGCCUGGAGCGACUACCUGACCACCCUGACCGGCACGAACGGGACCCCCACGGCUACCGAGACCCGCUCCGCGAGUGAGACCGGCAGCACCAGCAGCACCAGCAGCAGCAGCACCACUGCUACCAUGACCAUGACUACGACUUCGACGUCGGGGUCGAUGACGACCACCAUGACGAGCACGAGCACCAGUACCGGGGUGGCGGGAUCGUCGUCCACGUCUCAGGGGGCGGGUGCGCAGGCGACGCCUUUCCUUGGCGCCGGGAUUGCUGGUGUGGCCGGUGUGCUUGGUGUUAUGGCUGCCCUGUAG